UCAUUCUCUUUCCAAGAUUAUAUUUACAAUUAGAAUCCAAUUAUAAGAUCUUUACAAUUAGAAUAGCACAACACACACAUACAUCACAAAUUAAAAAGAUUUUAUUUGCACAUUUACACACGCAGGCAUCUAAGGACAGUCCAAUACAUGUCGGAGAGAUGCAACAUUGACAUAGAAAAGUUACGCGUAAAAGAGAUAGCAUGCUCCAAAACCAGCGGCUGCAAGUUAAGCAUGGGAGGUGGGAUGCAAAAUCUGAACUUGAUGUGAUAAAGCACGCAAGAUUUGAUCUAAACAUAGGUAUAAGUAAAUAGGGCAUCCUCUCUCGCGAUCGCCACGAGAAAGAGUGACCCAUCGUGCGUCUUUUAGGAAUGCGUCCAAAUCUUAAAUUAUAAUGACGUGGAACAUGCCUGGUCGAGGUAUACAUAUUGUGAACGCACACAAUUAACGAGCUUAUUAUAGAACGGCGAAGCCGCCCAUUUAGACGCCAAUACUUGUCGCACGUAAUCCCGUUAUCUAGGAAAAACGUCGUGGAGUAUCGUACGAGCCAAUUUCACACGCGUCAAGCUGCGACGGAUGCAAAUUCAAUUUCAAAAGUCAUUAAAGCUCAUUGCAUAAAGGCGUAAUUGCUAAAUCAUCGAGAAUUAAAUGAGCGUGCGGAAUAAAAUUGCACAUAAGAACAUUAAAUUAGCUUUAUAAAUACGUGAUGAGAAAGAUUUCGCAAAUAGGUCGAAAUUUGUCUUAAUAAUAUUUCUUGAAGUGUAAGACAGAUUUACUUAAAUCUUCAUAAUAUUUACAAAUGAAGAUUAAAACUCUCUUGACAGAGAGAGAAACAUUUCAUGCAUAAAAAAGUCAAUUCGCUUCCCCAGGUAAACAAUAAGACGAUAAAUGACUGCGCGGGAUGCCACAAACAUCCCUUACUGAAAGAAGCAGGUACUUAGGAAGGUAAUGGUCCGAUUUCUUUGAAAAGCCUAUUAAUUAAAUACGUCUUUCUGGGAGUUCCAGCAAAAAAGGAGAAAGACGUGGAGAGAGAAGGAGAGGACUUUUGCACGGCGGGCCACCUUAUACGGGCGCGACCCGGGCUUCUAAAUAUAAAGGCGCCCGCGGUUCUGACGCUCCUCUGCGUCUGUGCAAAUCUCAUCUCUUCGCCGUGCGCUACACCUCGGUUAGAUGUCUUUACCAACGAAGCGGAAUUCUCCCCAUGCUCCAUGUAAUUGAACCAAUACAAAUAUUUGCGUCGGAAACCAAAUUAUUAACCGUGUUGGUUACACCGUUCGUGUUCUACUUCUGUCUCCAACAAGAAGCAUGCGGGAUCGCACGUGUUAAUUCGGUGUGUAGCUUUCAUCGAUAUUUACACGGGUACGACUGUCUCUUAAAAAUUGGAAAACUUUUUAUGCAACGUCGUACAGUUAUUUGAUAAAAUAACAAAUAAGUUUACAAUUUAAACUUUCAUCUACGAUCAGUUAAAAGAAAGCUUUCUUUCUGAAAAGAGGAAGAUAAUAUUGACUGAUCGGCUAUUAAUGGCAAAGGUGAAAUCAUCGAUUAACGCUUUAGAAUCCUAAUAGCGAGUGAAAUGGCGAGCUCGCGGUCCAAAUGUUACAUUGGCACUAUUUCGAUCCUCGCGGACCUCGUGCAGCCGCGUCAAACGGACGACCUUGAUCUACGUCGCGCCUCCGUAAUCAUCGUAAAAAUAAGAACCGCUCGUCGCUCGUUGUCGUAAGAGAAACCCCUCCUCACAUCCCCGUGACCCCAAUCUCUACCUUCGUACGUCACAACCGAGCCGCGAUCGGGAAACGGGCCUUCAUCGGGACGCGAUACCUCGUCAGCGGGGGUUUCGGGUCACAGAAUCGCUGCACCGCCACGAAGCGCAUCCAAGUAACGUCGAGGCGGGCGCACUCGACAACAGACAGCUCUCGCAAUCGCUAAUCGCGGCCGCUGCUGGCCGCGGCAUUUGAACGACGCACUCGACACGGCGGUGCGUGUGAGUACGGUGGAGCGAGCACUUCCGCCAGAAGUUCCUCCACGUCGUCUCUGUGGCCGAUGACCACGAGACCAACCGUUGGGUUGGGUCUGUGGAAAGCUGAACGAAGAAAAAAGCCGACGACCGCCGCGGUUGUCGCAGCCGCUGUUCCUAUCCACGGGAUAAGAAGAAGAAGAAGAGGAAGAAGAAGACGGUAGAGGAGGAGAGGGGCGUUCUCGGAGUUUGGCGGUAGUGACAAUGCCAGUGCCUCGCGGGCUAGUUGGAGUCGAGGGCGACGACGGAAUCGAGAAGUGAGAGAGGACGAGCUGUGCGCCACACAGCCCUGGCCCCGGCUGAUCGUGUAGUGUCCAGUGUGACGAGAUGACGGGUGCGCGGAUGAGACCCGCGCUCGUCAUGGGCCUCCUCCUGGGCCUUCUAGCCGUCGCCUUACAAGGAGUGCAAAGCGAGGACGAGCUAGACCAGAUACCAUCCGAGGACCUAUGUCGACCGUACAUCGAGAAGGCGCUCAAGGACCUCGGCACAGGAUCUUUGGAGCAGACCAGUGCAGAGGUCGGAACCGAGGUCGACCAAGAAAGCCAUGAGGAAGCGUCACCUGCAAGCGAGGAAGCUGCCGAGGCGACGGACGAUGUUUCGAAAGAAGAGGGUGAGGCCAAAGACGAGGAAGGAUCGGUAGAGGAAGGCGCUGAAGCGGCUACUGACGACAGCAAGGAGGCGACCGAAGAAGAAACCGGAGCCAGCGAAGAAGGAGCAGCAGAUGAAUCCGGAAAAGAGGAGAGUGAGCAAAGCGAGGAAGUCACGACUGCUGAGAGCGCCGAAGUUGACAUUACACAAGAAGGAGAAACGGAAGAAGCGGAAGGCGCAUCCGCCGAAGUAACUGAAGAGAAACAGACCGAUUCCUCCGAGAAAAUUAUCGAAAGCGAAGAGGGCUCCGAUCAAACGAAAGCCGAGCAGGAAGAGGACGAAAAGCCCAACGAAGAGAAAUCCGAUGAAGAAACGAAGGUAGAAGGCGAAUCCGAGGAGGGAAAAGUAGAUGAUGAAACAAAAUCCGAAGAAUCGAAGAAAGACGAGGAGCAAGGAGAAUCUAAGGAAACCACUGACGAAGUCGAAUCCAAAGAAGAGGCGGAAACUAGUGUUGAAGAAGGGACUGAAGCGGAGGAAGAUGACAGUAAAGUCGAAGAGGGAACCGAGUCGACUGAAGAUCAGGCGGUAAGCGCCGAAGACGAAAAGAGCGGUACUGAAGAGGAAGCUCAGGACGAAAGCGCUGAGACUGAAGGCGAAGACAAAGAAAAGGAGAGCGCAGAAGAUGCGGCAGGUUCUGAAGGUGAGGAGGGAACAAAAUCGGAAGAAGAAAAAGGAGCAAAAUCUGAGGAAGAAGCGAAAUCCGAUGAAGCAAAGUGUGAGAAAGAUGAUACAGAAUGUAAAGAAGCAAAGUCCGCAGAAGAAGAGAAGGAAGGAAAAUCGGAGGAAGAUGAUGCGAAAUCCGAGGGAGAAGAUCAAGUAAAAUCACGAGGCAAGCGAGAAAUCGGUGAAGAAGGUGAAGGAACCGACGAAUCUGCGGAAGAAGCUGCUAGCGAGGAAGAGGAGGAACUUACUCCAGAAGAAGAUCUGAUUCAAGAAAUCGAGAUACCGGAGAAUCUUCGACCCAGGGAUCACAUUAAUCAACUGCUGAAAUUGGACGAGGAGAACGAGGAGAAAGAGCGGGCUAUACAGAGAGAAGCCGAUAUCAUCCUCAGGGAUCUGAAGAGGCUCUACGAUAACGCUAUUAAGCCGUUAGAGACUAUGUACAAGUACAGAGACUUGAGUAACAGACACUUCGGAGAUCCUGAGAUAUUUUCUAAGCCGCUAGUACUCUUUAUGGGUCCGUGGAGCGGCGGCAAGUCGUCCAUCAUCAAUUACCUGCUCGAUAUGGAAUACAAGCCAAUGUCAUUGAGAACAGGUCGUUUGAGAGAGUGCUUAGAAGAGCAUUGCAAAUCGCCAAAUGGAAAAACUGACACAGGAGCCGAGCCGUCACCAGCAUACUUCAACAUAAUAAUGCAUGGCGAGGAGGAGGAGGUCCUGGAUGGCACCCAGCUAGCUGCUGAUUGGACCUUCUCAGGAUUACAAAAGUUUGGCCAGGGUUUGCUGGAUCGCCUCAAAGGUUUACGACUUAACAACAAAUUGCUGGAGAAGGUGAACAUCGUUGAGAUACCGGGCAUCUUAGAGAUUCGCAAACAGGUUCAACGCUUGUUCCCGUUCAACGAUGCAUGCCAAUGGUUCAUCGAUCGCGCUGACAUAAUAUUUUUGGUCUACGAUCCCGCGAAACUAGACGUCGGACCGGAGACCGAGGCGAUUCUCGAUCAAUUGAAGGGAAGAGAGUAUCAGACUCGCAUCAUCCUCAACAAAGCCGAUCAGGUGAAGCCAGAGGAACUCAUGAGGGUGCAAGGUGCUCUAAUCUGGAACAUAUCGCCGUUGAUGUCGAGCGCGGAGCCGCCGAUAAUGUACUCCACGUCGUUAUGGUCGUUACCCUACGAGGCCGGUGCACCCAUAAGAUUGCUGUACGCUCAGGAACGCGCAUUCCUUCGCGAUCUACGUUCCGCGAUAAACAAGAGGGUUGAACACAAGAUAGCGAGCGCCAGAAGAUUCGCCGUACGAGUGCGCAACCACGCGAAGAUGGUGGACUGCUACUUGACGACGUACUACAAUCACAAGACAUUCUUCGGCAAUAAACGGGAGAUUAGCGACAAGAUCAUCGAGAACCCGCAGGACUACCACAUAUACGAGGGCCUGAGCACUCUCACCAACAUAUCGCGCUACGAUCUGCCCGACCCGGACGUCUAUCGCGAUUUCUUCCGGCUGAAUCCGCUUUACGAUUUCCCGCUGCUCAGCUCCACGUGUACAUACUUCCGCGGCUGCCCAAUCAACAGGCUCGACGUAGCGAUUGCCUAUGAUCUACCUGAGCUAGUGGGCAAGUACAAGAAGUCGGUAGAAGCGGUAUUGCACGAGAGUGAGGGCAACAGCCCGCCGAGUUGAGUGCGAGUUUGCGUUCCGGAACGGAGCUCUUGAUACCACGUGGGGUAUAGACACUGGCGACAGCCUUCGCUAAGCCUUUGCUGAACGGUCAGCCGAAAACUUUGCCGGAAAGCCUUGGUAGCGCGAAGGUUACGGGGAUGGAUCGACAAACGAGCCUGAGGAAGGUGGUACGACGUUUCCACACGAGAAUCUUCACCGAAAAUUCUCCUCCCCCGAAAGUACAGCCAUCGUACUACCCUUGCGUCGUAUUCGAGAUAGCUCCGACAAGAAAGAGGCCGGAUACGCCAAAGAAGGAAGCUGACGAUCGCGGGAGCGGAACGGCAGGAAGUCUCGAGGCAUGAAAGCCGAGGCGUCGUCACCUGCGAGUAGCGCGCGUAACUCCGAGUACUGCAUCCACGGAUCCGGAUAGUUCAGCCUCGUUUCUCGCAAGUGGGCGGAACAUGAUGUGGGAUGCAGUAUCGCGAGUGGCUUUCAGUAGCUACGCCAGCUCGGUUGCAGAGCAAGAUGCGAGUGUUGCCUUGUGUCUGGUAAAACAAUGCGAGUGCUACCAUUCCGAUCCAAAAAAAACGGACAGUGAGAGUUCCCUACGAAUCAAAUGUGUUCAGAUAUCGGUUCCUCUCGACGAAAAUUAGAGGUCUCGGUGUCAUCGCGGUCUAAUCUCACCUUUUUCUGGGUCAUCUUCAAACGGUUCAACUAGAUUUAAUGUUCAAAAUCUUAUUUCAAUUUAGAAUCAAUUUGUCUAAAACAUUUUUCUUUUUCUCAGACUCUUUAGAAUUAAUUCGUUUCUUAAGAAACUUUAAUUCUAAAAUGUUUAAUUUAUUCAUGGAAUAUUACCAUGAAGAAAUUUAUUUUUCUUUACUUGAUUCCAAUAAUUUUCUUGCAAUAAGCUCUUUAAAUGGAAAUGGAUUAGAUUAGACCGUUGCUGUCGCCGAGUCCAGUCCGUUUGUGUCACGACGAAUCGGUUUGUUGAUAGCUUAUCUCGAAAGAAGAUUCUCCAAAAUCGACAUAACGUUGAACAACUACGAUUUCGUUCGUCAAGUUUCUUCAUAUCGGGGACACAUUAAACUAAUCGUACCGAAAUAUUUCCAUUGCGAAAGAGAUAAAGUGAUCUCUUCUUAUGGCUUUUGUGGAAUACACCUUGUAUAAGCUGAUUGUGUUCUUAUUGAAAUGUAAUGAAAUAAUUAAAGAUGAUACCGAUCUCUCUCACGGGUUGCUCGUUUAACGUGCGAGAUAGAUCGUGGAGCUUUUCUGAGAUUCGGACUUUCUUCAAUACAGUUCGCAUUGGGCAAAACGUAUGUUUCUUAUUUAGACACCGAGUCCUCUCAAAAUAGUUACAUUAGACAUUUAAAUCUGUAGUUACCCGACGUCUCUUAGCUUUAUAGAUUAUAAAUAUUUAGAUUU